GAAUUUACUGUAUUGAACUUUCAGAAUUUAAGGAAAUCAAGUGGAUUUUCUUGCAUGAAAAAAAUUGAAAACCACAUUUUCAGUGAAUCUCAAAGUAUGUAUUGAACUUCACCGAUAGCGAGCAGGUAUUGCUUGUUAUUUUACAGUUAAGGAAAGUAUGUAUAUUUUUAAUUAAAUACCUGAAACAAGAGUGAUAUUAAGAUUCACCUGUGCUUUAAAUAAUAGUGCUGUUGCGUGAUAUAGUAAUCUUAGGAAGUGAUUAGUGUUGCAAAGAAGUGAUUAGCUUUUUGACGAAGUGGUUAGUGCUACUAAGGAGUAAAAUAGUGUUGAGAAGUGAAUAGUGUUCGUGAUAAUUUGUGUUUCUAUAUCGUGCGACAUGUGACGCAUCAAGCUGUACAUAUUUCAUGGAGGUGUGGAGGGACACUCCUCUUCGAGGGGUCCACCCCCUGCCCCAGGUCUCAGCUGCCACCGACUUUGCCUCGUCCACUGCUUUAUCCUCCUCCACCGCCUUCCUUUCUUCCUCCAAUUCUCUCACCACAUUAUCCAAGGCCUUUGUCACGUCUUCCAGAAACUUUACCUCGUUCUCACACGCCUUUUCCUCAUCCUCUCCAUCCCCUUCGUCGUCGUCGUCAUCUUCCCCGUCGCCCCGAGGUCACGGGCUGGGUGUGAGGGUUGAGGGGGGACACAUGAAGGGGGCGUGUGUGGAGGAGUUCGGGAGGGGCCAGGCAGCCCCCCACCCCCACACACAGUCUCUUGUGCCCCGCGUCACUAGCUACCCUGACGCCUCCAGUGACUUUCGUGUGCCUUGUAGUACACAAGUUGAUGCGAACUGUGUAGGUCAGAACUGCGCAACCACCCCACUAGAACCCCUCCAUAGAACAUUAAGCACUGCUCUGGGCUCAUACACUCAGGCUACAUCACAUUUUAAUGGAGAAAGUGAGUGCUCUACGGAAAAUAACAAUUACUCUCAUGGCACUCGCAUUGCUAUUAGUUCGUGCAGGGAACACGAGGCAGCAGACCUGCGUGUGGGCUGGUUUGGUGUUGGUGUUGAACGUAGCGUUGACCACCCGACCUCUGGCUCUACUAUCAACGGUCUGCCUACUUCUUCCUACCAUCAUACUUACCGUGCCAUCGAAGAGAGUCUCAGGCGUCACAAAGUUCAGAAUGGAAAGUUGCCUUCGACUAAUGGAGCAGAGAAUGGCAUUGCGGUGUCGAGGUACAACAAUAUCAGGAUUCAGAACGCUGCUCAGGUGUUAGCGGGGGCAGGACGGGGGUCGGUGACCUCUCCGUUAGAUUUGAGCAUCAACGCAGGGGGCAUACAACAGCCCACCCGUGCACGUUCGCGCCCCUCCGGUAACCAUAUCUCCAUCAGACCCAAGCUCUCUCUUCCCGCCGACGAUCAGGACCCCGACAGCCCCGACGAAGGUCUGGUGGACGGCCCUGGAGGACUCACCGGCCGUGUCAAGAACCUGUGUGGUUCCUUCAACCUGGCCGGGGAUACCAUGGAAGGGAUUAUCCAGUGCCUGGUCUUCCUCAAAGCCUUCAGUCUUGUGGGGGGCGAGUUUGACAUGGAGCUGAACUUCGUCAUCCAGGAUGCUCACAAUCUUCGUCAUAUGCUCGAGCUCCUCGACCACUGCCCGCCACCCCUUCAGGCCGAGAUAUGGUCAGUUUUUAUCGCGAUCCUGAGGAAGAGUGUCCGUAACCUGCAAGCCUGCACUGAAGUGGGACUCAUCACCCAUGUCCUGCAGAGACUUCCGCAGGCAGACAACGUCGUGGCAGACCUGCUGAUCGAGGUACUUGGGGUGUUGACGAGCUACUCCAUCACCGUCAAGGAACUCAAAAGUCUCUUCGGCUCCAUGAAGGCUGAGCGUGGACGAUGGCCUCGUCACUCGGCUAAGCUGCUGGGGGUACUACGUCAGAUGCCCAACCGUUCGGGUCCAGACGUCUUCUUCUCUUUCCCUGGCAAGAAGGGCUCGGCGCUGGUGCUGCCACCUCUGGCCCGCUGGCCAUACGAAGCUGGCUGGACCUUCACCACUUGGUUUCGUCUCGACCCUAUCAACUCUGUCAACAUCGAGAGGGAGAAGCCCUAUCUUUACUGGUAAGUGAGUUGAUGGCAGACGACUGUGGAGAGCUGUGGUAUGUAUACACUGGUUCUGUUUAGUUUAGCUCAUGUAUUGUAUUUCUUCUAAAUUUUAACUUCUUACGUAAGAAAAAGAAAAUUCCGUCACGCCUGCUGGGGAUCGAACCUAGUUGUGGAAGUAUGUACGGUGCACGGUGCGCGCCAACGUUCACAGUAAAGAUGCCACUAAUAAAUUGGUAGAAGGUAACCAAAAAAUAUUCUUCGCGAUAGAAUAGAAGCGUCCUCCUCCCCUCAAAAAAAAAAAAAAAAAAAAAAAAAAAAAAAAAAAAAAAAGAAACGUACUUCUUUAACUAAACUGUUUCCAGUGAUCUGGAGAAUCUUUUUAUACAUUAUAAUGUAACAGAAUGAAAGAUUCUCAGGAGACGUGUUUCAUCUAAGACGGUCAUACAGUGUAUUAAUUUAUCCCGUGUACAUAUUAAAGAACAAAAAGGCACAAUACCAUGACUAGAACAAAACACAAAUAACGCGCAUAACAGUAUUUCUUUUAACAUAAGUCAGCUCACUGUUGAGUGUGACUUUCAACAUGCAGUCAGUGUUUCCAGUUUGAACUUAGGCAUAAAUAUAAUCUCUGUAGUUGAUUGUAACGAAAUUGUUUGGUAUGGCAAGUUUGGUACCGAAGCUGUGAUUUGGUUCAAACUUCAGACUAGUGUUUGGCUAUUCUGACGUGUAUCGAACUGAGGGUAAACUUAAAACAAUUGCAUUUAUUAUCUUGGUUUAUGGAAAGUGUUGAAGACGUGCAAACAUUGAUUUAAGUGUAGGACAGUCGAUGAGUGAGACAGGCAGUUUAUUAGCCUGUACGUCCUUAAGUCCAUCUGUCUGUUCAUCCAUCCGUCAGUCUGCCGCCAUUCCAUCGUCCAUUUGUUAAUUUGUUCAGGUGCAAAGACAAAUCUGCAGACAUAGUGACUCGUGUUUAUAUUCACACUGCUCUUGUCCAGAAGACAGAUACUGUAAUUAAAUAUCAGUCAGUUUAACAAUGACGUUUUACGUUUUGGAAUCGUGCAUAUUUUGUUUUUAAUUUGUAGUGAAUUGUGUACUGUACUAAAUUAUUUGUUGUUUAUACUGUGAUAAUUUAAUUUUAAUAACUAAAAGAAUUGGUAAUAACUCGAGUUUUGCGGAUUAAUGUGCAACUGUGUAUUGAUUUGUUAUGUCUUUGUUAUCAGUCCUACGAUAACUUGAGUGUAGCUUACCAAGUCAGUGACACACUUGUAUUGGUGUAUUGUGAAGUGUAUUGGAGAAAUGUCCAAUG